AGAGCUGGAAUCAGUCAGGCAGCUGUAAAGAAGGAAAAAAAGCCACAGUUUCAUUGAGUGGACUGCUUUCCUUGCAAGGAGCAGGAGGAGCUCCAAGUGCUACUUCACUCCCUGCAUCCCUCUCUACAAAGCCCAGCUGGAGAAGCAGCAGAGCACUCUGUAAGCGACACCAAUCUAAUUAAUUAAUGACUUUCAGUGUCGGCUCUGUGGCUGCUGGGCUAGCAGGAAGCAGUAACCAAGGGCUGGGACAGCAUGCAACGCAUCUGGUAAAUGCUGCAUGCUGCUGACAGCCAGCUCGGUUAUUCAUCAUCUCUCCUGCUUUGGGCUACAGCACAGAACAAGUCAGAGAUUAUUCCGGGCAGAGAAGAUGGUGUGGGAUCCACCCUUGCAGCAUCAUCUCUUCUGGAUGAGGUCUUCCUCCCUCUUCUUGUCGUGCUCCAGAGCUGCCGUGGCACAGUUAAUUGAGGCCACCACAGAACCACCAAAAAAGAAACCGGAUCCUGUCACUUCGGAGACGGUGGUGAUCUGGGGGCUGCGCCUCUGGCAGGUGAUUGGUAUCUUUGCCAUCUUUGUCCUGGCAGUCAUUAUUACCCUGUGCUGUAUCUUCAAGUGCCGGAUUCCCCGGACAAAGAAAGAGAUUGAGGCACGAUAUGCUCAACGACAAGCAGCCAAGACAUAUGCAGACAAACUGGAGACUGUGCCACCACUCAAUGAGCUGACAGAGAUCCCUGGAGCUCAGGUAGCAGAAGAAAAAAAGGAAGAAGUUCCUACUGUCUCUGGAAAAGUGGACAAGGCUCAGGGUAAGAAAGAUGCAUCCAAGAAGAAGGAUGGUGAGAAAGACGGAUCCAAGAAAGAAGGGAAGGAUGCCAAGAAAAAAGAUGGAGAGACCCAAGAAGAGGUGAUGAAAAAUACGGGCCCACAUUUCAGUGUAUUCGCAUGUGUGAAACUGGGGACAAAAAGGACUUCAGAGAACAAAGUAUUCUAUGAUCACCCAUUAGAGGGCAUCUUUCUCCUUCAUGUAGAGCAUUUGGAGUCUGGAUCUCAGCCAGCGUAG